ACCUUCCUCUCCCCUCCUGCGCCCCCGCGCCGGGCGCCCACCCUGUCCUCCGGCAGGAUCGCGGUCCGCGGCGACGGCCGGAGCGGGCCGGGCCGGGCCGGGGGAUGGCGCUGCUGGACCUGGCCCUGGAGGGAAUGGCCGUCUUCGGGUUCGUCCUCUUCUUGGUGCUGUGGCUGAUGCAUUUCAUGGCCAUCAUCUACACCCGAUUACACCUCAACAAGAAGGCAACGGACAAACAGCCAUAUAGCAAGCUGCCAGGUGUGUCCCUUCUGAAACCUUUGAAAGGAGUGGAUCCCAACCUAAUCAACAACUUGGAGACAUUCUUCGAAUUGGAUUACCCCAAAUAUGAAGUACUCCUUUGUGUACAAGAUCACGAUGAUCCAGCCAUUGAUGUAUGUAAGAAGCUUCUUGGAAAAUAUCCAAAUGUUGAUGCUAGAUUGUUUAUUGGUGGCAAAAAGGUCGGCAUUAAUCCUAAAAUUAAUAAUUUAAUGCCAGGAUAUGAAGUUGCAAAGUAUGAUCUGAUAUGGAUCUGUGAUAGUGGAAUAAGAGUAAUUCCAGACACACUUACAGACAUGGUUAACCAAAUGACAGAGAAGGUGGGCCUGGUCCAUGGGCUGCCCUAUGUAGCAGACAGACAGGGCUUUGCUGCCACUUUAGAACAGGUAUAUUUUGGAACUUCUCAUCCAAGAUCCUAUAUCUCUGCCAAUGUAACUGGCUUCAAAUGUGUGACGGGAAUGUCUUGUUUAAUGAGAAAGGAUGUGUUAGAUCAAGCAGGAGGGCUGAUAGCUUUUGCUCAAUACAUUGCUGAAGAUUACUUUAUGGCCAAAGCCAUAGCGGACCGAGGUUGGAGGUUUGCGAUGUCCACGCAGGUUGCCAUGCAAAACUCUGGCUCUUACUCAAUUUCCCAGUUCCAGUCCAGAAUGAUCAGGUGGACCAAAUUACGAAUUAACAUGCUUCCCGCUACAAUAAUUUGUGAGCCAAUUUCCGAGUGCUUUGUUGCCAGUUUAAUUAUUGGAUGGGCAGCCCACCAUGUAUUCAGAUGGGAUAUUAUGGUGUUUUUCAUGUGUCAUUGCCUGGCAUGGUUUAUAUUUGACUACAUUCAACUCAGGGGUGUCCAGGGUGGCACACUGUGUUUUUCAAAACUUGAUUAUGCAGUAGCCUGGUUCAUCCGUGAAUCCAUGACAAUAUACAUUUUUUUGUCGGCAUUAUGGGACCCUACUAUUAGCUGGAGAACUGGCCGCUACAGAUUACGCUGUGGAGGCACGGCGGAGGAGAUUCUAGACGUAUAACUACAGCUUUGUGACUGUACAUAAAGGAAAAAAGAGAAGUAUUAUAAAUUAUGUUUAUAUAAAUGCUUUUAAAGAUCUACCUUCAGUAGUUUUAUCCCAUGUAUGUUUGAUACCUGUUCUUUAAUUUAUUUUGCAUGGCACUUGCAUCUGUGAAGAAAAAAACAAAAAACACAUCUGUAGUCUUGGCCAAAUGGUACCCUUUGUUUUGUGGAAGUAGAGAAUCAAGAGAAUUGGUUCUAGGAACUUGGCUUUGGUUUUUGUUGUUGUUUGUUUAUUUUUUAAAAAUAAAUAAAUAUAUAUAUAUAAAAUAUGAA